AUGGUGUCGUCUCCCUCUCGGGAGGGUCGGCCCCCUAAUCCUGACCUGGGGAGGGCCCCUACUGUGUCACAAACAGCUUCUUUCACCGCAGUGGUCUCUCGGUCUUUGGCUGCUCCUAUGGUGGACGUCAAGGUGAAGAAGGUCUCCUCUCACUUUGGGGAACCAGCAGUUUUCUUCUCACAGGCGGAGGUGGAUCGAUCGGAGAGUGCAUUCUCUACAGCUUUGGUAGCCAAAUGCAGCUAUGGAAGGCCGUCCCUUUUCUCAAUUAAAGAUUUUCUACAGAAGACGUUGUUUCUGCAGGGUGACAUUAUCGUCUCUCUCCUUGACGCGAGGCAUGUGCUAUUGAGACUUACGACUCAGGUGAAUUUCGUUAAGGUUUGGAUGAAGGGCCUAGUUCAUGUGCAAGGUUUUCUAUUGAGAUUUAUGAAGUGGACUUCCGGCUUCGUCUCAGGUUGGGAGUUGCCUUUUGCUCCCAUCUGGAUUUCCCUGCCAAGGCUUCCAGUGAAUUUCUAUCAAGGGAAUUUUUUGGUAUCCAUUGCUGGUGUGGUAGGGAGGGUCUUGAAGAUUGACAGUGCCACCAUCAACUGUACUCACACCGUGGCAGCCAGGGUUUGUGUGGAGGUAGACUUGCGUGCACCCCUUCCCUCGAGGGUGUGGAUUGGGUGUGGGGUGGAUGGCUUUCACCAAAAGGUUCUUUAUGAAGGGCUUCCGUCAUAUUGUGUUAGCUGUUCGAAGCUUGGGCAUGUCAAGGAGGCCUGCAGGAAAGCGCAAAGGGUAAAGUCUGGCGCAGUUCGUGGUGAUGUAGGGGAGGCAGGGCUGGCUCAAGUGAUCCCAAUUGAAAGGGAUGCAGCAUUUGAGGGAGCUGGGUCUCGGGACAAGGAAGGGGUUUUCAUUCCCACAGGGGAGGGCUCUUCUCGGGAAGGUCCCACGGCUACUAGACGUGUCGCUGGCAAGGGCAUGGCGAGGAGGGGAGGUCAUUGGAGACCGACUGCUCGAAGGGCUGUCGUAGGGGUAGCUGGUGGUGCGCAUGGUGAGACAACGGAUCGUGGUCUGAUUUUGGAGCAACCUGGCUCUAUCUUGGCUGCAGGCAGUUUGGCAGAGGAGCGUCAAUUAGCGGUGGUCGAGGAGGAGUUUGUUGCAAGGCAGGGCGUUGGCGUUGGGGUUUCGGCUGGUUGUCGUGCCGCUGGGUCCAGUCUUUUUUCUUCUUCAUCUCCAGAAGGGAACAGGGGAGGUGGCCUCGGUGUCAGCAAUGUGGGCCCUGGGGCUUCAACUGCGGCCUCUUUGGAUAGAUUGCCAAAUGCUCUGCUAGCACAGUUGGACAGUGGUUUGGCCACCAACACCUUAGGCAGGCGCUCUCGGUCUGUGAAUGUGGCCUCUCAGCAUUACUUUGAAGGAGGGUAG